UCCCAAAAGACCCUUCUGGUGGUGGUUUCAAGGGGUGUUACGCAAAAAAUAAGCUUUAUGGGUGCCUGCUUAUAUAAAAUUGGGGAAAAAAAUGCCGUUUGUAUCUUGCCUGUGCCACGCGUUGCGUGUCCUGAGUUCAUCUGUAGGAUCCGCGUGUGCCCCAGAGAUAAGGAGGCAGCCCUAGGAUGGGGCUGUGAGCCCAAACCUGCAGUGCUCCCCGUCCCGCUCCUGCUUAGGACACCCCCAUCCAGCCUCGUCCUCCAGGCAGCCCUAAGCAGCUUCAGACAAAUUUCUCAGAUAAGACAUCCUGGUCCGACAGCUACGCCAAGCGUGGCUUAGCCGAAUCAGGUGGUGCCAAAACACGAUAAAAAAAAGAGUUGGAUGUAGGCAACCUCCUUUUUACCACAGAAUCACGCUGACCGAUGUUAACAGCAGGUUUGCUCCCCCCCAAAAAAAAAUCCCAUCUCCCACCUCUUUUUUUAUCCCAUAAACUUGGGGGUGUUGCGGAGAGGCGGCUGCUGCAAUUAGCCCUCAUUAAGAGGAACCCCUCCGUGGCUCCUCUGUGCCCCUGCAGCAGGCCACUAUGUUGAUUAAUGUGCUAAUAGUGUAAAUAGCUUUUUUUCAGAGUAAAUUAAAGUUUUAGAUCAUGUUUACGGGAACUUUGUGGACUCGCUGCAGCAUUCAGCAAACCUCUGGGCAUAAGCUUAAAUCGUCACAGAAGGACAAGGUCCGGCAGUUUAUGGCAUUUACCCAGGCUGGGGAAAGGACUGCUAUAUACUGCUUAAUGCAGAAUGAGUGGAAACUAGAAGUGGCAACAGACAACUACUUCCAGAACCCAGACUUGUACUACAAAGAAUCCAUGAAAAAUUCAGUAGACAGGAAGAAAUUAGAACAAUUGUAUAAUCGAUACAAAGACCCGCAAGAUGAAAAUAAAAUCGGCAUUGAUGGGAUUCAGCAGUUCUGUGAUGAUUUAAGCCUGGACCCUGCCAGUAUCAGUGUUCUGGUUGUAGCAUGGAAGUUCAGGGCAGCUACUCAGUGUGAAUUUAGUAAAAAAGAAUUUGUAGAUGGCAUGACAGAGCUGGGGUGUGACACCACAGAAAAACUAAAAGCUCUAUUGCCGCGACUGGAACAAGAACUGAAGGAUCCAACAAAGUUCAAAGAUUUUUAUCAAUUUACUUUCAACUUUGCUAAAAACCCUGGACAAAAAGGUCUAGAUCUAGAAAUGGCAAUUGCGUAUUGGAAUUUAGUCUUGUCAGGAAGAUUUAAAUUCCUAGAUCUUUGGAAUAAAUUCUUGUUGGAACAUCAUAAAAGAUCAAUUCCAAAAGACACGUGGAAUCUUCUGUUAGACUUUGGAAAUAUGAUUGCAGAUGAUAUGUCCAACUACGAUGAAGAAGGAGCGUGGCCUGUUCUUAUAGAUGACUUUGUGGAAUAUGCACGACCUGUAGUCACAGGAGGAAAGCGUAAAACUUCCUAACCCCAGACUUAAUGUGGACUAAAUGCACAGUCUGAACUGCAUUAGGUAACAAAGAUUUGUUGGCUGAUAACUGUGCACACUGUUGCUGGUUUCGGUGGUCAUGAUGAGAUUCCGGAGACAGAGCAGGAAUUCCUCCUUUCUGCCUGAAGAAAAUGAUGGCUGACCCGCGGACAUUUCAUGAACAAACUCCAGAAGAUAGUCCAGGCUGUUUGUAGGCUAUUGGCUUCAACUAUUUUACUGGUUGUAUCAUAUAGGAUGUAGAUUUUGCAUGAUUUUAUACUUUGGAGAAGUUUAACUAGAGGCCAUUUUAUUAAAGGUUUGACAGCACAGCAUGCCAUUGAGUUCAUGAUCCAAAGUGAACACCAGCAGUUAAAUAAAACUGUAUUAUAUUGUACUUAUAUGAAAAGCAGUAUUUGUGGUAUAUAAAUUAAAUCCCUAAAUAAAACAUGUAGUAUGGUGUAUUUUUAUAAAAG